UCCAUCUCUCAUCCUUACCAUUACAACUCCUUGCUCCGGAAGUGUCCAGAGAAGUAUAUAAGUGUGUUGAAAUUAGCCUUCAAUGAUUCAUCUUCCCACUGACCUAAGGAAAAGAUCAACCAUGAGACUUUACUUGGCAGUUAUUCUGGCCAUUUCUUUUCUGGAGAACUUUAAGGUCCAUAUUGUCAGAGGAACCUUGGGGACUCAAGCUAUGGCAAGUAAUUCCUGUGUAAAGUUGCAUACAGAAAAAAUAAGCAUUAGAAGAAUUGCUAAUUAUGAAACACAAAACCAUCCACAAAAAGUUGUGAUAUUAAUUACCAGAAAUGGAAUCAAGAUCUGUGUGCCACAUAAUCUUCCCUGGGUGAAUAAAACCCUCAAAACAUUGAACAAAAGAAAGUGUAAAACAAAAGGCUGUAGAUUGUAGCACCUGAUCACAGAGCAGCUACAUAUCAGGUCAUCAGUAAUUGUAAUGUUUGCAAAUUACUUACAGGAAAUAAAAUUUCAAAACCAUUAAAAUUUCA